AUGGUGAUCCUGUCCUGGGAAAACCAAACAGUGAGAGUGGAAUUUGUGCUUCAAGGAUUCUCUGCCGUCAGACAGCUAAAUAUUUUCCUCUUUAUGAUAAUUUUAGUUUUCUACAUCUUAACUGUUUCUGGAAACAUCCUCAUUGUCUUUCUAGUUUUGGUGAGCCAUCACCUCCACACCCCUAUGUACUUCUUCCUGGUGAACUUGUCCUUUCUGGAGAUCUGGUAUACCUCUAACAUUAUCCCCAAAAUGUUGCUGAUUAUCAUAGCUGAACAGAAGACUAUCUCUGUGGCUGGCUGCCUGGCACAGUUCUACUUCUUUGGAUCCCUGGCUGCCACGGAGUGCCUCUUGCUUGCUGUAAUGUCCUGUGAUCGCUACCUAGCCAUCAGCCGGCCUCUUCGCUACUGCGUCCUCAUGACUGGCUCCUUGUGCAUCAGGCUGGCUGCUGGCUCUUGGUUCUGCUGCUUCCUUCUCACAGCAAUCACCAUGGUCUUGCUGUGUAGACUAACCUUCUGUGGACCUUAUGAAAUUGAUCACUUCUUUUGUGACUUCACCCCUCUGGUUCAUCUCUCCUGCAUGGACACCUCAGUGACUGAGAUCAUUGCCUUUGCCACCUCUUCUGCAGUGACUCUGGUCCCAUUUCUCCUCAUCGUAGCCUCCUACUCCUGCAUCCUUUCUGCUAUCCUAAGAAUCCCAUCUGGCACAGGCCGUAAAAGGGCCUUCUCUACCUGCUCUUCCCACCUCAUUGUGGUCAUGGUGUUUUAUGGGACACUGAUUGCCACAUACCUUGUGCCUUCAGCCAACUCAUCUCAAUUCUUGCGCAAAGGGGCCUCUCUGCUCUACACUGUCCUGACACCCAUGCUUAACCCCAUCAUUUACAGCCUGAGAAACAGAGACAUCCACGAAGCUCUGAAGAAGUGCUUGAGGGAGAAGUCAGGUUUCCUUAGAUAA